ACAACACUCAAAAGAACAUUAGGAAAAACAAUAAAAUGUUUUGCGAAAGUGAUGGCAGAAACUGAAAACGACGAGUGAAAUUGACCCAAUUGAUGAGUAGUCAAACCACGCCCAGGACGCCAACCCAGACCAGUCCAAAAUGACGACUGAAUUUGGCAACAGUCAACAGUUCGUGUCGAAUAAUGGGAAUGCCAGCUGCAGUGCGUCUCGCUGGCUCACGGAGGAGGUCUUUAAGCUGAUCGAUGUUGUGCAACGCGACGAGGCCAUUUACAAUCCCAGGCACAAGUACUACUUCUGCCGACCGUACGUGGAGAACUUUUGGAGGGAAGUGGAUCAGAAGCUGGAGAAGAAUCCCGGCGCCAGCCUUGCCAAAUGGACAAAUUUGCGCAUUUCGUUUCGGCGCGAGUACACCAACUAUCUGGAGGAGAAAGUUCCGCCCUGCUGGUCGUACUUCGAUCGCAUGUUCUUCCUACAUCCGUAUCUGCGCAAGAAGCACCAGCAGCCCAAGUCGCUGGACACCCAGGUGCAGGAUGCCCUGGCGCAUCUCUCCAGCCUGUCGAACCGCAUGCAAAGGGAGCGCACCGUGACCACCAUCGGUACAACAACCAGCAGCACCACCCAGCCGACACCCACGUCUCAGCAGAGUCCCCAGGCGCAGCCGCUGGACAACUAUUUGGAUUACUUCGACGAGCAUGAGCCAAACAACUCUGAGCUGGAGGACCUCAUGGACGAGGAGGGACGCCAUCGGUACCACAACCAGCUGGACAGCAACGAUAUCAAAUCCGAGUGCGAGGAGCCAGUCGAUGAAUUCGAGCAGUUGACCCCAGACCACGACGAGGACGAGCCUGAAGACCAUGAGAUGCAUAAGAUGGCCCCCUCUUCCAGCGUGGCGGCAGCGGUGGCCAGCUCGUCCGCGGCAGAGGCCCACCGACGGUAUGCCCCUCAACAGCCGCACACCAAUCGAAUGCAUCACAACCGCCUGCAGAUACGCGCCUACCAGGACGAAGUGCGGGCCAGUCGUCCGCGCUCGCAGGAGCUGCCGGUGCCCGCUGCUGUAGUGUCAGGCGUCAAUUUGCCUGCCCAGCCCACAACCCAUUUGAACAUUUCCUUUGUACGUCCAACGUUUAGCAAGCCCGUGGAUUUGGUCAGCACCACAACGCACACUGGAGGGGCAGUUCCUGCGAGUGGGGCGUCCGCCGAAAUGGAAUUACCAACUCCAUCGAAUUUAGCAGCAGGAGCCACCACACCCAUGGUGGGGACAAUGGCCAGUAGCAGCAGUGGCAGCUAUUUGAGCCAGCGACAUGUCCACAACCAUCAUCAGGCGGCGCCCUCUCUGCGUCUGGAGGCAAACAACUCGGCUGGUCCGGUGGCGAAUGGAGGCGGCGUUGAUUUGUGCGACUGCAAAACCGAUUCCGAUGCCAUGUUCCUGAUGAGCCUGUUGCCCGACAUACAGAAGCUGAACGGUCGGGAUCGCGGCAAGAUUAAGAUUGCUUUCCAAAACAUACUACAGGACUACCUAUAUCCCGACUAGGCGUGGCCAUAAGUUCCGAUCUCUAUCCACACAGUCGCUCUGUGUAUAAUUUUGUUUGCUUUUAGCAUGUGAACGCCAAAGCGGCCCAGCCGCAGAGGUUUCCAGUUCUUAGAGUUUCCUUUUACUUACUUCAAGCUUUGCUGUGCAAGAACAAAGUAUCCUUAACACGUUUUGAACACUAUCAACUAUGUUUAUUUAAGUGUAUA